AUGAGCGGAGUCCAGCGAUUCCUUUCCAAACGGGAUGGAAAGCGCCUCCGAGAUCGAGACAGCCGGCAUCAUCAUCCUUCAAACCCAUUCAGCAGGAAAGCACUCGCAGCUUCAAGCCCUGAGGUGAAUACUCAACCCGUCGAUCCGAACUCGGCUGCUCACUUCUAUGGCUUGUUUGAUGCUCCCGCCAACCCCGCCACCCCGGCCGAGGAGCAAAAGAUCAAGACUUUAAGGCAGCGCCUGCUGGAUUCCAAAGGCAUUCUGUUGAGGCAUGCGCAAAUUCUGUGGGCCCUCAGGUCCUUAACUGCAAAUGGAGAUGUCGAGGCUGCCUACAGACUGCUGAUCGCUAUGUCUGAUGCCUCCGAAGGCAUCGUUACCAGCUAUGACCCUCGCACAAAGCUGCUUGGGGCCCAGAAUCGCCAGGGAGUCACUUGCUUUCUGGAUGCGACUCUCUUCGCCAUGUUUUCUCGCCUCGAGAGUUUCGAGGCCAUGUUGUACAACUCGUUUGAUGAAGUAUCUCGAGACAAGUUGGCAUUCAUACUGCGGCUUUGGGUGAAUCUCCUGAGGUCUGGAACGCUUAUCACUACGGACAUUACCAAGGUCCUGCAAGAUACUUUGGCAGAAUGUGGUUGGCAGGAAGCUGCAGAACUCCACCAGCAGGAUGCUUCCGAAGCUUUCACCUUCAUCACUGGAAUGCUUGACCUCCCCUUGCUCACCCUGAAGAUGGACAUCUACCAUACCGGCCGAGAAGAUACCAACGAUGACCACAAGUUCAUCAACGAGAGGCUCCUGGAAGUCGCCAUCCCUCCCGAUCCUACCGGCGACAGGAAGGUGAUUACGCUCGAAGAAUGCUUGGAGGACUAUUUCAACAACCGAAUAGAGGUGCGGAGGUACAUGGAACGGCGAUCCACCAUAAGCUCCAUGCACAAGCCGAGCGCUGUGCAUGUUGAAACAGUCGAGGUCGAGCCGGAUUCGUCGCCCGCCACUCCAAUAGCAUCGCCCUCCAACUAUCCUGCUCCGGGGCGUCCAGUUAACCGCUUUCGAACCCCUAGCAUUAUUCAAGAGCGAUACUUCCCUCCUCGCCACGACACUGGCCAUUCAUCAUUGGUUUCGGUAGAUUCAAGAGAUCCUGCUGGAAGACCGCGGGCCGGCAGUCUUCGAAAAGAGGUGAUGAUGCCGGCGUGGCAAUUCUUCAGCCUGAUACCCUGGUAUACGGAUAAUGCACCCAAGAAUGAUGCCCAGGUUGCUGCCCACUUCUCAUCCAAACGGCCGAUCCUGGGUCUUUGUCUGAAAAGGUACUCAAUGACGCCGAAUGGCAAAGCCAUUCGUCUCGAUACACAGGUGGACGUACCGGUCGAGAUUGGAGUACCCCAUUUUAUCCAAGAUGAUCAAAUGGAAGAGGCUGGCGCGCUGUAUGGCAAUUUCAAACUCUCGCUACAGUCUGUCGUCUGCCAUCGGGGUGUCUCGGUGGACGCUGGACACUAUAUUGCCCUCGUUCGAGGAACGCCACCACCGGGAUCCGCCGACGCAACCGGUUCAGACACUACGAAAACUUGGAUGAGGUUUGAUGACCUUGCUCCGGAUCGCAUCACUGUGGUCAACAUUGAAAGGGCUCUGAGGGAGGAAACCCCGUAUCUGCUCUUCUACCAGAUCGUUCCGGUCGAGGGCGAUCCGGGACACAUUACGGCAGGCGAGGAGAUGAUGGCAUCGGUAUCAGAACGGAAUGCCUCGCUUAGUGCGCUUUCAACCGUCUCUGCCUUUACAGACAACCGGCCCGAUUCCACUCGGCCUAGUCUUGACCUCUCCUUCCUAGACGAUCCUCGAGGCCGUUCACCUGUCGAGGAGCGGAGAAGGAGUGUGGUCUCAUUCCCUGACCUCCAUCCAGGAUCGUCAGGUGAAGUAUCCUUGAAUGUGCCCGAGAAUUCGGACACGUCAGGCACCUCGAAGCGCCUGAGCCAGUCCUUGUCUCCGACCCAGACCAAGGCAAGCGAUGGCCUGAGCCAAACAUUGUCCAAAUUACCCGGCAACAAAAGUCGAGACGUUUUAGGACAAAAUGCCCCCCAAGCCGAAAUUCAUAUCACAGAAAUUACCGACGAGACAAUGACGGAUAGACAGGCCAAUCCGGAGCAGACCACUCUGCUUGUAGAACCGCCCAGAGGCCACAAGAGAGAGAAAAGUCGAAGUCGCCUGUCGAGAAGCAGGAUCAGGGGCGAGAAGCUGGACAGAGAAUGCAGCGUGAUGUGA